AUGAUUAUAUUGCAAUCUAUAAUAACAUAUAUUUUUUUUCAUUUUUGUUUUAAUAUACAGAAAGGGUCAUGUAUUGAUUAUUAUUUCCGAUUAUACAAUAAUGUCCGAGUAACAUUUUCUGACCAAACGUUGGGAUAUGUAAACAUAAUUAAAAACUAUACUCAUCCCUUUUUAAAACUUGUCUCGCUAUAUCUUGUAGAAAAUUACCGUAGAGCCAGUGAAUACUUCAGUAAAAAUGGAGACAACACACAAAAUGUUGCUUGUGAAAAAAAUGUAAUUCAAGUGUUAUUGCAUGGAAUGCACAAGUUGAAGGAUUAUGGAAGACCAUACAACAUAAUUUUGGUGCUAAUCAUUGCAAUAGAGUUAAUAAAUUCUCUAAUACUACUGUUAUACCACAGGAUAUGCUUCCUGCUACAUGUUAUAGGAGUGUUCCAGAAGAGUGGGAAUGUAUGA